AUGGCUCAGUGCUCAAAAUGCAACGGUGUGAACCAGAGCGACGCCCGCUUCUGUGCCUGGUGUGGGGCCAAGCCUGGACCUCCUCCAUCCUACUUUACUUGUUCCAAGUGCGGUACCAGCAACCAGCCCUAUGCUCGCUUCUGCGUGUCCUGUGGUGUCUACAUAGAGCCCCCAUCCAGGCAGAGCUCUCCUGGCAGUCCCAUGAAUAGUGAGGACUCGCUGGGAUCGUCUCAGGCAAAACGAUUACAGGCUCAAGUUGCCUGGCAACCUUGUCCUGUUUCUUUGCCCAAAUCAAGGGCUGAACUAACAGAAAGAGAAGAUAAAGGAACCCAAACUAUUGGACUUUUUUACCCAUCCAGCAAACUACUGGAAAAGAAGGAGCUUGAACUGAUUUCACAAAAAGAAAAGGUGGAAAAGAUGAGUGAUCAUAAGCCUCUCCUGACAGCCAUUAGUCCUGGAAAAGGUUACUGGAGAAAACAGAUGGAUCAUGUUUGUGCUCAUGUUAGAAGCUAUGCCCAGAACAACCUUGAAUUCAGAACACUGAUUGGAGAGCCUCAAAUGGGAAAGAUUAAUUAUGCCACCAUCUCUGAAGAUGACUAUGAAGUCACUAUAACAUUGAAAUUUGCUGCUAUUAACAAGGAUUUUCAUCCUAACAGAGCAGUGAAGUUCAGCAAUGAUUACCUGAGUGCUGGAACAGAACUCACAGAUGGACAGGACUGCAGUCAGACUAAUUUUGGCAGAGAUGAUCACAAUCUUUUCUAUUCAAGCGGCAAAAUAAAGAGAACCAAGUCAAGAACACUCAUGGGACAGGAAUACAAGCUUUCUCCAGAGUCCCAACUGCUGCUGGAUGAACUGGGUCAAACUGGGAAAGGAAGAAUCACCUUCAUAGAACAAUUGCUCAGAGAUGGAGCUGACCCCAAUUCCCUGAGCGAGGAGGAGCGCCCUGCCCUCACAGUUGCUGUGCUGAACAAGCACACAGGAGCCAUCUCCCCUCUGGUGCAGAAAGGGGCUGACAUCGACCAGCAGUCAGGGCCGCACAACAACACAGCUCUCCACGAGGCAGUUCUGCUGGGACUGGAGGGAGAGGAGUGCAUCCGAGCCCUGUUAUGCUGCAAUGCAAGCGUGCAAAAGAAGAAUGCAGCAGGGCACUCAGCGCUGGAUUUGGCUGUUGCAGCUGGAGAUAAUAAGGUUAUUUCACUGUUCCAAGUAAGUUUGGAUAGAGAACACUGAACAAACUUGUGAGACACAGGAACACUGUUCUCAGUGUGUUAUUACAACAAACUUUUUCCCCAA